AUGCCAGCAGACUCGACAAUUCUUUGCGACAUCGGCUUCAAGCAGCUGAGUCAAGGAGUAUUUUUUUAUUCGCCAUGCCAACAAGGCCUUCUGGACGAAAAAUCCAAUUCGACACAUUCAAGCCCAGACGUUAUCAUUAUUUGCGCGUGGGGAUUCGCCCAAGCAAAACACAUUGCAAAAUACAUCGACGGACACCAGAAUCUCUAUCCGAACGCCAAAAUUCUCCUCAUUUACAAUUCUGUCGCAAACAUGAUGUGGAAGUCAGACGCUUCCCAGAUGCAAUGGUUCCAGCCUGCCGCCAAAGUUCUCCGAGAAUGCAUGGACUCAACACCCGAGCUACAGGUUUUCCUUCAUUUAUUCUCCAACACUGGCUCUCAUUCCGCAGUCCAGCUUUCUGAAGCCUGUGGGAAAAGUGAUCCACCAUUCGCGCUGCCCGUGACAUCAAUUAUAUUCGACUCUUGUCCCAGCAUGCCCAUCUUUGAGCCAAUGGCAAACGCACUCGCGCUCGGCUCGCCCUCCAAAAACGUACUGAUCGCCUGUAUGGCAAGAGCUGUAGCAUACAGUAUCAUCGGUAUAACGCUUGCUCUGGAGAAAGCAGGUCUUGUGACUCACGUCGCCACGAAACUUUACACUCGGCUGAACUCCACCAACGACGUGUUUCUUACGCGCAGAAGUUCUGCUGGAGAGCAGGUUGCUCUGCUCCCGGUUCCGAGGACUUAUAUAUACGGUCCUGGCGAUGACAUGAUCCCUGUGGACCAAGUGAUCCAGCAUGCAGAUAUUGCAAUAGCGAACAUGUCAGCAUGUGGAGUCAAGCAUGCAUCUCAGUAUGUGACGACGGAGGAGUUUGUGGGAAGUCCACACGUGAACCAUGUCAGAUUCGAGAAGGAACGGUAUUGGAGUCUUAUCAAAACAACAUGGCAGAGGAGCAUUGCAAAUCGUUAG